AAAUUUCAGUGCGGUUAUUGUUAUCCCACGAUUGGGCGUUACAUAACCUUAAAAUUCCCCACCGGUUAUAGAAAUGCUCAUUAAUCGAGUUUGGGGGCUGUUUAGGCGGCAUAAUUGUCGCUUAGUGCCAAAAACCUACAAUUUUAGGUUAAUUUCGAACACAGCCCCCCCAAAAGACAAAGUUGAGGAUCUCGAUGCGCCUGUUAAAUACACAACAAGUCCGGCUAGAUUUUGGAAAGCUAGCACGACUCGUAAGGGUGGCAUAAAUGCCAGACUUUGGUAUGAGCCCUAUGUGAUCCUAGCCAGCAUUUCCGUAUUUAUGGUUUAUUUUACGAUGCUUCGGGAAGAGAAUGACAUCGAUGUGGAAUUGACGCGCUCGUUGUAUAGUAGAAUUGAGGGUUUGGAGGAACAUCAACUAAAAUUGUCGCUAGAAUAUAACCGGGAACAUAACCUUGAUACUAGUGCGAUUAUACAAAGAUUAAAAGAACUGGAGUUAGAAAAACAACAAAAGUGAUGUAAUUUAUAACAAUAAAGACGUAAACAAACA